AUGCGCUACGACGACUGGGACGUGAUCCUGUUCCCAAAGGACUCUCACAUUCCCAUACAGGAGUUUAAGACGGCCUGCUACGUCUCUUCAGAUGAAUAUGGACGCCAACUGCCCACUCUAACAUGCUACAUCAGCUCGCUUCCACCAACAACACCCUUCCGCAUCUCUAUACACUCAUGGGCUACAAUAGCCAAACCUUCAGCACUCAUCGAAUCACGACGGAAGGCCAACCAGAAGGUUGUAUACACUGUCCAGGUGGUUGUUGACGGAGCUAGAGUCUUCCGUGACAUCUUUGAAGUAGCGUCAAAAUGGCCCCAGGAAAUUGCGCACGAGAAGCAAAUACUUUCUUCUUUCGAGCAGUCUUCGAGCCAGCGACAGCCGUGUCUCGAGUUCCCAGCCUUCCACCAACAGACUCUCUUACAAAGCUCAUGGGAUGCCCGCGACCCAAAUGGACGGAUCAGGAUCAAGCUGUCAGAGCAAUUGAUUAACAAGACAACUAGCCCUGGGGAGGUCAGCCUUGGAGCUUCACAUGACAUUGUCUGCUUUUCAUUACAACAUGCUCCUAAAGUAGACGUUCUUGAACAAGCUGGUAUCUCAUGGCCAAUACGCAACCCGCUGUACUUCCCAAACACUCACAAUCGAGCCACGCUGCCCUCUCAGACUUCCCCAACGUUUCCACGGGCUCCAAAGACACGUAAUUCGGGAUCAUCGUUUGCCAGACCACAGAACAUAGAGCCGCGCCGCAGACCUCACUCACACUUACCACCCAUCUCGAAUUUUGCUAAGCCACCCGUCGGUAUCAGAGGCAGCGGUGGUGCCAGCAUAUGGGAUGGCUCUCUUGCCGCUAUCAGCGCUGAUGGUGACGACGCCAGCAUGGACACUUGGUCUACGAAGCGGACUGCAUCCAAUUCGAUUGGCGACACGGUCAUGUCCGAUUAUAUGUAUACAUCUUCGCACCCUUCAAAACUUGGCCUCCCUUGGUCAAAUUCCGUGCCAACUACUACACGAUGGGAUAAUCACCAAUCAAGGAAAGAUAAAGAGAGACAACUCAUCGUAACGCUUCGAAACGAUCAGCUCGGGCAGCUCAGCGAGGUCAUCAGUUCACCAAGGAGAGAGCGAGAGCUGCCUGUCGGCUUUGAAGGUCAGCGCCAUGAUCAUACUGGACGUCCACCUACUGCUCACACUUAUUAUCCACCAAAAAUGGGGCCUAUUCCUCUUGCGAACCGUCCCUCUUCAGCGGCCAUGGCCCGUACUUCGUCGUAUAACGACUUCAACAAUGCUCUACGAAACGCUUCAAAUGCGACAUCACCGGAUAAGCCGCCCAUGUUGAAUCCACCUCCUAUCUCUAGUAGCAAAGAGAACUGUCCUUUCUCACAGUCACUUUUGCCAGCACCAUAUCCACAAGCUAACCGUGUUCCAACGCCGAACCCCUUCGCUCAGAGGCUGCCGUCUACCAGCUGUAAUGUUUCGAUAAGAGAUUCCUCUCCAGUGUUUUCCAGCUUGUCUCGUUUUGAACGCAGUGUAGCACUACCUCCCCCGCCAGCUAUGGGCCAUGUGAAGAGCAGGAAGGAAGGCUUAGCAUUCAACUCACCCAGGCUAUCAGAUCAAGGGGUUCGCCAUGAUCAGAGCCUACUCACAAGCAUGGAUGGCGACCCUGAUGCCACCCCAAAGCCUAUUGCGAAGGAGGACAAAAAGGCGGCACACAAUACAUCUAGAGUACCCGCGCGGGUUGAAAUCAUUGACCUUGACGCCAUCGAUCCGAAUCUGGGCACAGAUGCAGCACAUGGCUCCACUAAGCGCUCCCCAUUCAAGUCCAUGCACAAGCCCGGCAUGUCAAGUAUCGACAGCACAGACCGUCUUGAGCGCCAUCUCUUCAGCGCUCUAGGUGACGAGCUCGGCAGCUUCGAUCAGCAGAUGGAUACGACUGGCAUGGGACCUGAACUUGCGCAUGCAUUAGGAGGAACAAUGGCGCAUUCCAACAUUAGUGGAAGCACGAUGCUGAAUCCUUCGGCGAACGAAUUCGAGCCGACGAUUAAGAGGAAAAGGCGGGGUACGUUGGGUGGAGACAGGGACAAAAGUCCACUCAGCAAGAAGGAGAAAGGUGGGCUGAUGGAGGUUGACGCAGUACCGGUGGAGGUUGUGCCGAGGUUGAGAGGUGAUUAA